ACGAAGACACUUAGCCGGCGCUGUGCUUGGAGCGAGCGAGGAGCUCACUGUCUGAGGGAAGGAGGGAAGGAGGGAUUAAGUGACUGGGAAAAUACGUCCAAAAAGAUUUCCAUGCCAAAUUACUUGAGCCUGUGAGGUGGGUCAAACAUGUUUGCGACCACGACGAGUGGCGACCGCCGUGACGGCCCCGAAAGUUGCGCAGAGCAGCCGCAAACGACUGUAACAACGGAAUAUUGCGCGAAGCUGCAGCAGUGGAUGUGGCAGUAUUACUGGGGGUAUGCCAACUGGCAGAGCUGGGUGGCCCUGUCGGCCCUGUCCUUUCCUCCGCCGUGCAGUUUCCCCGCGCCGGGGACAGGUGCACAGACACCAGGUCCACCUGCCUCGACCUCCGUCGGUGGACAGCGGGCGGUCGACGCGGGAAGCUGGUACAGCUAUCCGCAUCCCCUCAGGUUCCCCGCCUCCUCCGCUCGUCCCGGUGGCGCUCAGACCGAGCGGAGCUCAGCCGCGACCCCGGCCCUAGCUACGGAUGCCCGGACAGCCCAGCAGCAGAAUGGGAACCCCCCUCAGGCGGGACGAGAAUACACCAUCCCUUCUCCUGUCCAGAGGUUCCUGGCAGAGACAGUGGACUUCUUUAUCCUGUUCUGUGUGAAGGCCACCAUUGUGCUGUGGAUCAUGCACCUGAGCGGGAUGAAGGACAUUGCCAGAUUCAUUACCCACUUCAUUGUGGAGGAGAUAGAUGAGAACACUUCCAUGGAGGACCUGCAGAGGAUGAUGGCUGUGGCUCUGGUCUACAGGGUGCUAGUGUGUGUCUAUGAGAUAAUCUGUAUUUGGGGAGGCGGUGGUGCCACUCCAGGGAAGUUCCUGCUUGGCUUGCGGGUGGUGACAUGUGACACAUCCACUCUGGUCCGACCCAACCGAGUCUUUGUGGUCCCAGCAUCUAAUGUUUCCCUCUCUGCCUCUGCAGUGCGGGCGUUGAACAAGAACUUCUCCAUUGCCUUCCUCUUUCCCGUCUUCAUCACUCUCCUCUUCUUCCAGCACAACAGGACUGUGUAUGACAUUGUGGCAGGGACCAUUGUUGUCCAACGAAGAGGUGGCAGAUAGCCUCUCCUCCAUCAGCAGACUCUCUUAUACUUGGCAGGGUGUGACAGGCCCUUGUGUGCUGAGUACCCUGAAAAACUAAAUUUAAAUCAGUCACAAAUGACGACGACAACAACAACAAAAGAGCGAUGCAUUCGCCCAUUUCUGCACAAGAUAAAACUUGGACUUCAAUUGCACUUUAAAUGGGAUGCAUAGGUUUAGGCUCGGUAUGUUGAAAUAAAAACAAAAAUUCCGGUUUUA